AUGUCAGACCCCAAGAACACCUCCUCCAUCGCCAUCCUCGGCGCCGGCGAUGUAGGCGCCACAAUCGCAUACAGCCUCAUCAUGAACCCCGUCGCCGGUGACAUCCUGCUCGUCGAUCCCAAAGAAGAAGUCCGAGACGCUCAAGUCGCAGACUUGUCAGACGCUACCUUCCACGGCAACACCAGCACCCGGAUAAGAGCAGGCACGCACAAGGAAGCGGGUCAAUGCGAUAUCGUCGUUAUCGCCGCUGGCGCGAAACAGAAGAAGGGCGAGAGCAGGACCGAUCUUAUCGGCCGCAACAAGUCCAUUCUCGAGUCCGCAAUCUCGGACAUGAAGCCGUUCCGCGAGGAUACAGUCUUGUUACUUGUCGCAAACCCCGUCGACGUGCUCACCUACUUCGCGCAACAAUACUCUGGUCUCCCGAAAUCCCAAGUUAUCGGCAGCGGCACUUUCCUUGACUCUGCGCGCCUUCGUGGUAUCCUCGCGUCCAAAGCGGAAGUUGCGGCGUCUAGUAUCGAAGCGUACGUCUUGGGUGAACACGGUGAAUCUCAAUUCGUUGCCUGGAGUCUGGCUUCUAUCGGCGGUGUCCCGUUGUCUUCUGCGUUAUCGUCCAAGCAAUCAGGCGCGUUGGACAAGAACGACAUUGCGGAGGAGACGAAGAACAAAGCAACUUCCAUCAUCGAGAACAAGGGCGCGACAAACUAUGGGAUCGGUGGUGUGGCGGCGAGUAUUUGCAAGUCGAUCAUCUUUGAUGAGAAGAUCGUAAGGCCUGUUAGCACGUAUCAAGAGGACCUGGGUGUAUGCUUGAGUAUGCCGGUUGUGCUGGGCAGGAAGGGCGUGGUUAGGAAGAUGGACAUGCCGCUAGAUAAGGAGGAGAAGGGCAAGUUGGAAAGCAGUGCAAAGGCGCUGAAGGAGGUUAUCGAGGCGUGA